GAUAAGAGUGAAGUGAGGGAAAGAACAACUAUACGUAAGAAAAGCCGUGCAAAGUUAAUUUCUUGUGGAUUUUCUUGAAUAAAAACUGGCCAUUAGUUGUAAAUACAGUUAAGUGCGGUGUCUGAUGGCGUCCGACGAAGAAGUCGAGGACUCUUACGCCGGGGAGGACGAGGCGCCCGAGGAGGCCGGCGGGGACGCGGUGGACAACGAGCCCGAGUCCGACGAGGCCCCCAUCAAGCACGAGGACGAAGACGACGACUACGAGCCCGAGGACGCCCGCAAGAAGAAGAAGGGCAAGAAGCGGAAAGCGAGAGGCGAGGAGAAAAAAGGAAAGAAGAAAAAGAAGAAACGGAAAAAUGACAGCGGGGAUGAAAGCGACUUCCACCUCGACGAUGAUAACGGGGCUGGAGACUCCGACUAUGCCACCAGCAAAAAGGGGCGCAAGUCCCGCAGUUCCACCAAACACCCAUCGACACCAUCUACUCCAGCGCAAGAGACCACUUCGACGACGGGGACUGGAAUGCCCACCAUCGAAGAAGUGUGCUCUACUUUCGGUCUAACCGACGUGGAUUUGGAGUACACUGAGACUGAUUUUCAGAAUCUCACCACUUAUAAACUUUUUCAACAACACGUGCGACCUUUGCUUACUAAAGAGAACCCCAAAGUUCCUAUGUCCAAAUUGAUGAUGCUGGUGGCAGCUAAAUGGCGCGAAUUCUCAAACAUUAAUCCUAAUUUACAGACGGAUAAUAAUGAGUCUGCAGCCGCGGCGGUCCCAGAAGCCGACUACCCGAAGCCCGGUCGCCCCAGAGCCGUCAAAGAAAAACCGGAGUCGGAAGCCUUCGACGACGAAGACGAUGACGACGACGACGACGAUUCCAAAAUUAAAAAGAAGCGCAGCGGACGGGGGAAAAAAUCGUCGAAAAAAGCCUCCAAGGUGCCUACUUUGAAAAUCAAACUCGGCAAGCGGAAGCGCGGCAGUUCGGAGGAGGAAGGCGACGGGAGUGGCGCCGGCUCCGACCGCGACUCAGACGCCGAGUUCGAGCAGAUGCUCCAGGAAGCCGACGAGCGCAAAGCGAACGCCGCCUCCGCAGCCGCCGUCGGCGAGGAAGCCGGCCCGUCUGAGUCCCCCGACGAUCCGCCGCAGCCCCGCCGGAAAGCCAAGACGAAAUUCGGCAACAAAGCCAAAAAGAAGAAGAACAAGAAGGCGGGCGGCAAGCCCGAAGAAGAACCCUACGAGCACCAGGACUACUGCGAGGUGUGUCAACAAGGCGGCGAGAUCAUCCUCUGCGACACCUGUCCGCGCGCCUACCACUUGGUCUGUCUCGACCCCGAGCUCGAGGACACCCCCGAAGGCAAGUGGAGCUGUCCCCACUGCGAGAACGAAGGUCCUGCGGAGCAGGACGACGACGAGCACCAGGAGUUCUGUCGCAUCUGCAAAGACGGCGGCGAGUUGCUGUGCUGCGACUCGUGUCCGUCUGCGUAUCACACGCAUUGCUUGAACCCGCCGCUGGUGGAGAUCCCGGACGGGGAUUGGAAGUGUCCUCGGUGUAGUUGUCCGCCGCUGAAAGGUAAAGUAGCGAAAUUGUUCACCUGGAGGUGGGUGGAAGACGAUUCCAAUGGCGAUAGCAACGGGAAGAAGAAGAAGAAGCACCAUAGGGAGUUCUUCGUCAAGUGGGCGGAGUAUUCACAUUGGCAUUGCAGCUGGGUGUCGGAGCUGCAGCUGGAGGUCAAUCAUCCGCUUCUGUAUAGGAAUUUCGUGCGCAAGUACGACAUGGAGGAGCCGCCGAAGAUGGAUGAGUGUUUGGAUGAGAUGGAUCAGCGCUCGAAGCGGCUGUUGAGCUUGGGGAGCGACUGCAAAGAUCGCGAGCUGGAGGAGAGGUUCUACAGAUACGGGAUCAAGCCCGAGUGGUUGGUGGUUCACCGGAUUAUUAACCAUAGAAAUAUGAAAGAUGGACGCUGUUUGUACCUGGUGAAGUGGAGGGAGUUGUCGUAUGAUUUGGCCACGUGGGAGGAAGAAAACGACGAGAUUGUGGGUUUGAAGCAGGCUAUUGAGUACUACAUGGAUUUGAGGGCGGCCUGCACCAGCUCCGUUUCCGUCAACAAGGGGAAAAAGGGCAAAGGGAAGAAGUCGAAGGCUCGGGAGUUGAUGGACGAUGAAGAUCGAACGACGGCGCGUCGUUAUACCCCACCCCCAGACAAGCCCACCACCGACCUGAAGAAAAAACUGGACAAACAGCCGAAUUAUCUCGACGAAUGCGGCAUGCAACUCCACAACUACCAGCUCGAAGGUCUCAACUGGCUGCGGUACUCUUGGGGUCAAGGUAUCGACACCAUCCUGGCUGACGAGAUGGGUCUCGGGAAAACCAUCCAGACCAUAACUUUCCUGUACUCGUUGUACAAAGAGGGUCACUGCAAGGGCCCUUUCCUCGUGAGCGUCCCCUUAUCCACCAUCAUCAACUGGGAACGAGAAUUCGAAACCUGGGCGCCCGAUUUCUACGUCAUCACUUACGUCGGCGACAAAGAUUCCCGAGCCGUAAUUCGCGAGAACGAGUUCAGCUUCGAAGAAAACAUUAGUAAGACCGGGCGCGUCUGCCGCGUCAAAGCCAACUCGAUUAAAUUCAACGUGCUCCUGACCAGCUACGAGUUGAUUUCGAUCGACGCCGCUUGUCUCGGCUCCAUCGAGUGGGCGGUGCUCGUCGUGGACGAGGCCCACAGACUGAAAAGCAACCAGUCGAAGUUUUUCCGGCUCUUGAACAGCUACAACAUCCAGUAUAAGCUUCUUCUGACUGGAACACCGCUGCAGAACAACCUCGAGGAGUUGUUCCAUCUUUUGAACUUCCUUAAUAGUCAGAAAUUCAACGACUUAGCGACUUUCCAGAACGAAUUCGCUGAUAUCUCCAAAGAGGAGCAGGUGAAGAAGUUGCACGAGUUGUUGGGUCCGCACAUGUUGCGACGUUUGAAAGCCGACGUCUUGAAGAACAUGCCUUCGAAAUCCGAAUUCAUCGUGCGAGUGGAGUUGUCGCCGAUGCAGAAAAAAUACUAUAAGUAUAUUCUGACGAGGAAUUAUGAGGCGUUGAACCCGAAAGGUGGCGGCCAGUCGGUGUCUUUGUUGAACAUCAUGAUGGAUCUGAAGAAGUGUUGCAACCACCCGUAUUUGUUUCCGGUGGCUGCGGAAGAAGCGCCGCUUGCACCCAACGGCGGCUAUGACAUGUCGAGUUUGAUUAAAGCCUCCGGGAAGUUGGUGUUGUUGUCGAAGAUGUUGAGGAUUUUGCGGGAGCAAGGUCACCGCGUUUUGAUUUUCUCGCAGAUGACGAAAAUGUUGGAUAUUCUUGAGGACUUCCUCGAGGGGGAAGGGUACAAGUAUGAACGGAUUGAUGGUGCGAUUACGGGAACGUUGCGCCAGGAGGCGAUUGAUCGUUUCAACGCACCUGGUGCCCAGCAGUUCGUUUUCUUGUUGUCUACAAGAGCUGGUGGUUUGGGUAUUAACUUGGCAACCGCUGACACCGUCAUCAUCUACGACUCGGAUUGGAAUCCGCAUAACGAUAUUCAAGCUUUUUCGAGAGCGCACAGGAUCGGUCAGGCUAAUAAAGUCAUGAUUUAUCGCUUCGUGACUAGGAAUAGCGUGGAGGAGAGGGUCACCCAGGUGGCGAAACGGAAGAUGAUGUUGACUCACUUGGUCGUGCGACCUGGAAUGGGUGGCAAAGGUGCUAAUUUUACCAAGCAGGAGCUUGAUGAUAUUCUUCGUUUCGGUACGGAGGAGUUGUUCAAGGAAGACGAAGGUAAGGAGGACGAAGCCAUCCACUAUGACGAUAGAGCCGUGAACGAACUCCUGGACCGCACUAAAGAAGGAAUCGAGCAGAAGGAGAACUGGGCGAAUGAGUAUUUGAGUUCGUUUAAAGUGGCCAGCUACGUCACGAAGGAAGGUGAUAACGAGGAGGAAGUGGAUACCGAGAUCAUCAAACAAGAGGCGGAGAAUACCGAUCCGGCGUACUGGAUUAAAUUGUUGCGUCACCACUACGAGCAACAACAAGAAGACAUCGCCAGGACUUUGGGUAAAGGGAAAAGAGUGCGCAAGCAGGUGAAUUACAACGACGGUGGUAUGACCACGGACACACGUGAGGAUAGCACGUGGCAAGAGAAUCUGUCUGAUUAUAAUUCGGACUUCUCAGCUGGCUCCGACGAGGAUAAAGAGGACGAUGACUUCGACGAGAAGAACGAGACGGAUUUGAACCGUCGCAGUAGAAGGAGGAUGGAGAGGAAAGACGAACGAGAUAGGCCUCUGCCACCGCUUCUGGCUCGAGUCGGAGGCAACAUAGAAGUCCUGGGUUUCAACGCCAGACAAAGGAAGGCCUUCUUGAACGCGAUCAUGAGGUACGGGAUGCCUCCUCAAGACGCUUUUAACUCCCAGUGGUUAGUCCGCGACUUAAGAGGCAAAUCUGAGAAGAACUUCAAAGCGUACGUGUCGCUCUUCAUGCGACAUUUAUGUGAACCUGGAGCUGACAACGCGGAAACCUUCGCCGACGGCGUACCCAGAGAAGGUUUAAGCAGGCAGCACGUCCUCACCAGAAUCGGAGUAAUGUCUCUAAUUCGAAAGAAAGUCCAAGAGUUUGAACACAUCAAUGGGGAAUAUAGCAUGCCAGAGGUGAUCAAGAAGACCAUCAUGGACCAGAAUAAAUCAGGACCUGGAGCCGAAGCCGAAACUCCGAAGAGUGCCACCACGAGCACUAGUGCCACCCCGGCGACAAGCGCCGCCGCCAGUCCCGCCCCCAUUAAAGAAGAGUCGGAGAAAGUCAAAGACGAGAACGACGAUAAAGACAAAGAAGUCAAAACAGAACCCGACGAUAAAGAAAAGGAGAAGACCCCUGAAGAUUCCACUAAAGAGAAAGAAGGCGAUUCGGUGAAAUCCGCAACCGAGACGAGCGAAACCGAGCCCACUUCUGACACCAAAAGCGAGGAAACUAAAUCAGAAACGUCCGAAAAGAAAGACGAUCCUAGCGACAAAGAAGAACCGACUGUCAAAGAACCGGCGCCUAAAGAAGAAGAGGACGAAGUCAAAGACGUGAAAACCGAAGACGCCGACAAGAAAGAGGACAAACCCAAGUCGGAGAAGAAAGACGAAGACGUGGAGCUAGUCGACGAGAAGGAGAAAGACAAACCCAAAGAGAAAAAGGAGGUUUUGGAUCCCGAAGAGACCAAGAAGCGCUUCAUGUUCAACAUCGCCGAUGGCGGUUUCACCGAGUUGCACACGCUCUGGUUGAACGAGGAGAAGGCGGCGACUCCUGGACGCGAGUACGAAAUCUGGCACCGUCGCCACGACUACUGGCUGCUGUCGGGGAUCGUGACCCACGGCUACGGUCGCUGGCAGGACAUCCAAGCCGACGCGCGCUUCGCCAUCAUCAACGAGCCGUUCAAGAUGGACGUGGGGAAGGGGAAUUUCUUGGAGAUCAAGAAUAAGUUCCUGGCGCGUCGGUUUAAGUUGUUGGAGCAGGCGUUGGUGAUCGAGGAGCAGUUGAGGAGGGCUGCGUACUUGAAUCUGACGCAGGACCCCAACCAUCCGGCGAUGUCGCUCAACGCGAGGUUCGCCGAAGUGGAGUGUUUGGCGGAGUCGCACCAGCACCUCAGCAAGGAGUCGCUGGCGGGUAACAAGCCCGCGAACGCGGUGCUCCACAAGGUGCUCAACCAGCUGGAGGAGUUGUUGAGCGACAUGAAGUCGGACGUGUCGAGGCUUCCAGCCACACUGGCGAGGAUCCCGCCGGUGGCGCAGAGGCUGCAGAUGUCGGAGAGGAGCAUCUUGUCGAGGUUGGCGGCGACGUCGUCGAGUAAUAGCCAGACGACGGCACAAGUGAUGAGCCAGUUCCCGCCAGGCUUCAACGCAGGCAAUCUGCCGGGAUUCGCGGCGGCGGCGGCGAACUUCGCCAACUUCAGACCCCAAUAUUCAGUGCCCGGGCAACCCCCGGCGGGUUUCCCGUCGUAAAGCGUCGUGGGAAGCCGUCAGUGAAUUACUUUGCUCAGAAGAAGCUCCACGUGUCUGGCUGUUGGUGUAUUUGGAUUAGUGAAUUAGCCUCAAAAUUGCAUUUAAUUUAUUUUCUUUUUAUGUGGCAGUCUGUGUCCCCAUUGUACUUUUUUAGAGAAUUUAGCAUAUGGAGUAAACGAUUCAUUAAAUCAAAAGUAUUUGACAUGAAUCAUGUAUUUAUUUUAUCGUUAGUCGAAUUGUUUAGGUUAUGUGCUUUCUGUUGCGGAAUGAGGACGCAGGGUGAAUGUUUCGUGUAACUUUGUAGGUAGCAAUAGUAAUAUAUCCACUUUUUGUGAAGUGGGGUAGGAUUUUUUAUCUGGUAUGUUUAUUCUCCAGCAUUCCUUAAGUAAGCAAAUAGUAAACACAACAACAA